AUGGCAUCCGCCGACAGGCCCACCAUCCUCUUCCUCUGCCUCGACGAGGCCGAAGAACACGCGCUCUACAGCUUGCAUGAAGACGUAACCAGCAGCAUCAAGGAACGCGCGCACGUCCUCGUUGCCACCACUCCCGCCAAGGCGCUCGCCCACCUCAACGCAGCCGCCGCCGCCAGACCGUCCGUCGUCCUGAUCGGCGACGGCGCCCUCACACGCUCUCCUGGCGAGGAAGUCGGCAUCACUGGCCACAACAACCGCAUCAAGGACGAAGAGCGGAAGCAGUACGGCCUCGUCUACGCUGCGCUCGGCUUCUACGUCCGCGCCGGCGGCGUCGCCAUCUUUUGCGAGCAGUUCAGUAGCACCGCGAGCCUGCCCCACAUGGAAAUGGUCUUCUCGACGGCCUUCGACCUGCCGUGGAAGGCCCACGCUUACCACCGCUCGACCUUCGUCCUGAGGCCCGAGAACGUGCGCCGCAUGACUGCCCAGGCUGCCGAGCUGGCGUCGGAGUGCAGCCAGAAGGGCGUGACCCUGGCCGGUGUGGCCGAGAAGGAUCGGCUGUAUGUGCCGACCCGCGAUAGCCACGUCGAGAGCUUUGUCUUUGCGCCGGCGCCGAUCGGCCAGGACGAGACGCCCAUGGCGUGGGCGGAGGUGGGUGAGGGUAUGGUGGGCUAUGUGGGCGACGUCAACCACGAGGAGGAAGGCGAGAAGGUUCUGCUUGCGAUGUGCGGACUCUAG